UAUUAGUCCGCACCGGCGGAUGAAUUGAACACGUAAGAAAACGUGGAUAAAGCGCAUAACACCGCAGUGUAUGUAUACGGCAGGACAAGACGCAUAACUUACGUGCAAUGGCCAUGUUAUCAUGCCUUGCCAUCGGACUACUGGGUUUCGCCAUUCGGAUGACUUCCGCUUCCGGUACGUGUGAACGAAGGAUGGACUCCGCUGAAUCCCGAAUUCCUAAAGGCAUGCCCAUAGCUGACUUCGAUUUCUGGGUGGUCAACCGGACAUUGGGAGAACUGUACUACGCGAUGUCCGUUCCUCCUUUAUACAUACCGGAUAUUAACUACCAUCAGAUAAUCAAGAAGUUCAAUGACUCAUACUACGAGGAAGUCGCCAUUGGUGACACACCCAGUUCGCCAAAGCAGUGCAAUAGUUAUGUGUUUCCUUGGAUACCAGCUAGUUCGACACAAGCCAGCUUCCACAGGAAUGGUAAACCAGAUAAUAUCUUCGUUGUGUUCUCGUCCUGUCCCAAGAAGUACAUAUGGGUCUAUCGAUGCACGCAGUUCACGCGUUCAUCUCGGUGCCCGCUGUCCCACACUUUCCUCGGGUUGUUCAUCAACGAAGGAAUAUCUGAUUUCGGCUCGCCAUCCUACCUGGAUGACUUGCCACUGCAGGAUAUGCUCAUGGAUUUGUGUCCUACGCGUGUGAAGUUUGGGGUCUCAGAAUUCAAAUGGUUCUAUUCGUAUGGAGCCAACACUUUAUGUGAUCCAGGCUUUGUGCAAACCUAGUCCAGGGUAUGAUGGCUGAAUAUGUUGCAGUCCAUUGGAAGAAACCUUUUCCAUUAUAUAGAAGCAGUUUUCACAUACGAUUUAAAUAGAAUACAUUUUUGUAUAUUAUUUACUUUCUUGCAUAUGUUUCCACAAACAUAUACGUAUGUACUUGUAGCUUUGUCUGAUUAAAACAUAGACUAUAUAAGUAUAUAGUUAUUCAAUUGGUUAAAUGAUUUAUAUGUUAAUGGUAAGUAAACUACACAUUUCCAUUUGUAUUCAAUUGGUUCAUUGAUUAAUAUGUAAAUGGUAAAUAAAUCACUAUUUUGCAUGA